AUGGCGGAACUCAUGGCCAUGGGCAGUGAUGUUGUUCAUGUUGCAGUGAAGAAUGAUGUGAGGGAGAGCAGAUCAACUCUGCUUUGGGCUUUAAAAAACUUUGGCGCCAAGAAAGUCUGCAUUCUCCAUGUUUAUCAGCCAAAAACUGCUUCUCCUGCUGGUAAUCGUCAUUAUUUCAAGCCGCAAUUGACGAAAGAUCAAUUGCCAAUUGUUAAUGUUUGUUUAAAGGCUAUAAAGAUGAUUCAGAUGAUUUGUGUUGCUUUUGAUAUGUUAGCUCGCAAACUUGAAGAAUUGGAGGCUAUCAUGUACGAGACAUUACAUGAUUAUUUUGAUCUUUGUCAACAAGAAGGGGUGAAUGAGGACGAUAUUUACAUAUCAUGUAUAGAGAUGAACGAUGUGAAGCAAGGGAUAUUAGAACUCAUCCAUGAGAGCAAAAUCAAGAAGCUCGUCAUGGGAGCUGCAUCAGAUCAUCAUUACACAGAGAAGAUGUUCGAACUCAAAUCCAGAAAAGCUAAGUAUGUCUACCAACACGCGCCUAGCUCAUGCGAGGUUAUGUUUAUGUGUGAUGGACAUCUCAUCUACACAAAGGAAGCCACUCUUGAAGACCAUGUGGAUGAAACAGAAGCCGAAGCUGGACAAUUGAAACCGAAACGUUAUUCCUCUGCUUCACCGAAAUGCUCUGCAGAAUUGGUCUCUGCAAUUGUAGCUUACAUUGACACAAGGAGAGACAGAGACAUGUUAGAGCCAACUGCAUCAGAAGAUCAAUCUGAAAGCGACAGGAAUGAUCAACUGUAUAGACAGCUUAAGCAAGCACUUAUGGAAGUUGAGGAAUCGAAAAGAGAAGCGUACGAAGAAUGUGUCAGGCGGUUUAAAGCUGAAAAUACUGCAGUUGAGGCCAUUCGAAGUGCAAGAGAGUACGAGGCCAUGUACAAUGAAGAGGUGAGGCUACGGAAAGAAAGUAAAGACGCCUUAGCAAAACAGAGGAAAAUGGUGGAGAAGACUAAGCAAGAGAGGGACGAUGCACUUAUCAUCAUUCUGAAUGGAAGGAAGCUAUACAAUGAGGAACUGAGACGCAGAGUUGAAGCUGAAGAUAUGUUGGGAAAAGAGAAAGAAGAACACGAGAAAACUAAGAAGGAGAUUGAAGAAGUGCGAGUCAUUGUUCAGGACGGUAUGCAGCUGUACAAUGAGCAGCUGAGACAGAGGAAAGAGAUGGAGGAAUCUAUAAAGAGACAAGAGGAAGAGCUCGAGAAGAUAAAGAAGGAGAAGGAAGAAGCGUGCUUGAUAAGCAAGAACUUGAUGCAGCUAUAUGAAGACGAGGUGAUCGAUCUUAGAUUUAAUUUUAGAAACUAG